UGUCAUUCAAUGAAAUCUCCUUGAAUUAACAUUGAAAUUUCACGUCAGUUCAUAGUCCAAAGUCUCUUGUCUUCCUCUCAAAGACCAAAAAAACACCUUCUCUCUCUAUCUUCAUUCAUUCCUCACUUAUUAAUAAAUUAGUUAGCAUUCAAUUAAAGCUUUUACAUGUAAAUAUUUUAAUUUUUUUGUUGUUUUGUUGGGUUUUUGAAUUUGGUGAGCUAAUGCAAAUAAAAUGUUAAUGGAGUUGCAGAAAAUCCCACCUAAUACAGUACCCAUUUACUCAAAUCUUCAAACUUUAUAAGAAAGUUUGAUUCUUUGUCAUCCAUAAGAAAACCCAGUUCUUCAAAACCAAUAAAAAUGUCAGCUUUAGAAAUACCCCACAACUUGGAUUUAGAACAGGGCAGUGAUGGAACAUGUUUUUCUGAUGCAGAAGAUGACGGGUCUUGUUAUUCUCAAUUCUAUUCAACUACAGCUGAUGAUUAUAGUUUCUCUUGUGUGUCUGAUCUUGAGAUUCUAGACAAUGGCGUUGGUUAUGAUUCGAGAAGAGUUUCAUCAGUGUCUGAUUGCUCUGUGGAGAUUGAAACUGGUGUGUCUGAAAUUAAACUGCAUUUGGGUGUUGUUGAGAGAAUUUGUAGGAUUUGUCAUUUGGGUUUAGAGAGUAAUAGCCAUGAAUCCGGUAUUCCUAUUCAAUUGGGUUGUUCUUGUAAGGAUGAUUUAGGUGCUGCUCAUAAACAAUGUGCUGAAGCUUGGUUCAAAAUCAAAGGAAACAAGACUUGUGAGAUAUGUAAUUCAAUUGCUCGUAAUGUUGUUGGAAUACAUGAGAAUGAAACAAUAGAGCAAUCAAAUGAGGCAAGUAAUGCUGUAACAGCAGCUGCAGUCUCAGCUUCAGUACCCCAUUCAGAGACACGAAGCCUCUGGCGCGGCCACCGCUUUCUUAAUUUUCUACUUGCUUGCAUGGUAUUUGCAUUUGUCUUAUCAUGGCUCUUUCACUUUAAUGUUCCCUCAUCAUAAAUGUAAAAAACAUUUUCAUUGAAUAUUAAGAGGCCGCCUCCUCUAAACCCUAAAUCCUCUGCAAACGAGCAAAGAAGAAGAAGAAAAAAAAAGAUAGUUAGAGACAAUGAUGUCAAGUAACAAGUAUAUAAGUAGUCAUUUACAUAUUUGUUCUCAGUUACUACAACAUCGAAAGCUUAUCAUAUAUCUACAGAUGCACACUCGUUAUUGUCAUUGUCCGAAGUUGUUUAUGGACUAGUACUAGCUUAGAGAUCAACUGUUUGACUCAAUUUACUACUAAAGCUUUGUUUUCCUUCAAAAUUACUAUUAAUUAUAAGUACUUGGACGUUGGAUUUGA